AAAAAAUGAAAGGAAAAGAAUCAGAGAUAGGAAUGGCGUUAGUGAGAUCAGUAGCGUUGAGAGCUAUCAAAGGAUCUUCAUCUUCUUCAUCAGUCUUCUAUACGAGAUGGGUCCAAUCCGGUCGAGCUCAGGUCCACCUCAUGAGGUCGUUCUCGGCGAUUAUGUCGCCGCCGUCCAAGGCCGUCGUCUACGAGCAGCAAGGCCCGUCAGACUCCGUCACCAGAAUAAUUGAAGUGCCACCAGUAGAAGUGAGAGAAAAUGAUGUGUGCGUUAAAAUGCUGGCAACUCCUAUUAAUCCUUCUGAUAUAAAUAGAAUUGAAGGUGUCUAUCCAGUGAGACCACAAGUGCCAGCAGUUGGUGGUUAUGAAGGGGUCGGGGAAGUAUAUGCUAUUGGCUCAGCAGUCAAGAAUCUUGCACCUGGUGAUUGGGUCAUUCCCUCACCACCCUCUUUCGGAACUUGGCAGACAUAUAUUGUGAAGGAGCAGGAUUUGUGGCACAAAAUCAAUAAAGAUUCACCAAUGGAGUAUGCUGCUACUGUUACAGUUAAUCCUUUAACUGCUUUGAGAAUGCUCGAAGACUUUGAGACUCUAAAUUCAGGUGAUUCCAUCGUACAAAAUGGUUCUACUAGCAUUGUGGGGCAAUGCAUCAUCCAGCUAGCACGAUUUCGUGGCAUCCAUAGCAUCAAUAUUAUAAGGGACAGGGCUGGCUCCAAUGAAGUGAAAGAACAUUUAAAGGCUCUAGGUGCUGAUAAAGUGUUCACGGAGAAUGAACUUGAAGUGAAAAAUGUGAAGAGUCUCCUGACCAAUUUACCUGAACCUGCUCUUGGAUUUAACUGUGUUGGUGGGAAUUCUGCUUCGUUGGUUCUCAAAUUUUUGAGGCAGAGUGGGACAAUGGUUACAUAUGGCGGAAUGUCUAAGAAGCCAGUCACUGUGUCGACUUCAUCCUUCAUUUUUAAGGACCUUUCAUUGAGGGGAUUCUGGCUGCAGAAAUGGUUGAGUUCUGAUAGAGCAAAAGAGUGUAGAAGUAUGAUCGAUUAUCUCCUCUGCCUUGUCCAAGAAGGCAAGUUGAAAUACGAAAUGGAGCUGGUUCCUUUCGACAAUUUCCACACUGCUUUAGAUAAGGCACUUGGAAAACUUGGGAGCCAACCCAAACAAGUCAUCAAAUUCUAAAGCUUGUUUGCGGUUUUCUAGUUAGCCAAACAAGGGUUUCCCUGGAUCAUGUUGUUCAAUUUUCUUGGUAUUGCAUUAUAAGGGAAACCUAGUGAUACCCCCUAGGUUUAGGGAACUAAUGAAUAUUUCUCUCAGGGAUGAAGAGAACUGCUUGCAGAUUGCUUAUCUGUCAUAAGUUACUUUUAUAUCA